AUGAGAACCCCCUCCCCUCCUCCCUCCUCAUACCUCAACAACGCCCCCACCCCGGGCCGCCAUAUCCUCCCCUGCGAGCAAUGCGGCUCUACCGACUUUCAGAUCGACGCCGGGCUAACGUUCUGCACCAAUGGUCACGAGCAGCGCCGCGGGUUGGCGGAGGGGGAGGAUGAAAACGACUGGAAUAAGAGAGGGGGCAAGCUGCAUCGGGACACGGUCAAAGACGCGAAGAAGGGGAAGGCUGCUGCUGGUGCUGGGAGGGUUUUGAGGGGGAGGAAGGCGGCGGAGGAGUGGGCGAAGGGGAUGGGGGGUGUUUGUUGGGGGGUUGGGUGGGGGGUGGGGAGGGGUUUGGGGUUUCUGGAGGAAGGCGAGGACGGAGCGUCUGUGGAUGUAGAGGGCGGAAAGACGAAGUCAGCUGGGGAUGAGUUCUGGAGUAUCGUGCGAGGGCUUUGGGCGAUGAGGCUGGGUGAGUUGGCGGAACAGUGGGAUGCAAAGGCCGGCAUGGAACUUGAGGAUACGGACGCUACGGAGGCGGAGGUGUCUGUGGACACAGAUACGGAGCAGCAGGAUCCGACAGAGAACCAGCAGAAGCCUCGGUACCUGCGCUCGGCACCAAAGCUCAUUGAUACGGUCGCUGUCAAUUACCUGGCCCUGCUGCUCUUGCGGCGGCCCUUGAGUCUCAAUACGCUCCUCGGCUGGCUGCAAACGGAGACGGUGCCGUAUGUUCGCGCCAUCCGACAUGUCGCACCGGUGCUUAGAGAUCGUCUGCCGCCAGAAUACCACCUCUCGCUCGACACUUACACUAUUUUGCGGCCAGACGAGCUACAGCUUGCCAUGCACCGCAACGCCAGACAUUACAUUACACGCUUUGGGCUGGCGCUUCCGCCACUCAACUGGCCACCACUGCUGCUCGAGUGGAUCGAAGCGCUGGCACUCCCCAUGCAGGUGUACGGCAUGGUGAAGCGGUUGAACGACAUCUGUGGCUUCAGCUUCGCGUACCAGAGCAGUAGGGGCGGGAGACGAAGCGCUACCAGCUACCCUGAGGCGCAGCUCAUGGCGCUGCUAGUCGUGGCGGUGAAGCUGCUGUUUCCGUUCGAUGCUGCCAGCGUGAAGCGAUAUGCGCGGUCGGCGACGGAGCAGAGUCUGGUGGUGUUGGACUGGCGCAAGUGGCUUGAGGCGAAGGAGUGGUUUGAUGUCACUGUUGAGCAGGGUAGGGAGCAGGCGUUGGUGCCUGGAAAGGAGAUGGAGAUCAAGGAUGUGGAUGUGAUGGGGAUGGGCGGGGAGGAGUUGGAUGCGUACAUGGACUGGUAUCAGGGGAUGUGGAUGAGCGAGAAGGUGGAAGCAGAUGCGGUAGGUGUGCAGAGUGAGAUUCUGGCAAUGUUCCCGACGACGCAGCUGCACACUGACGAUAAAGUGGAGCAGACUAGGAGGAGGGAGGCCCGGGUGAAGGGUCUCAGAGAAGAAAGGGUGAAGAUGAUGCUGGGGGACUUGAAGAGGCGGAAGGUCGUCACGGACGAGCAGGAGCAAGAGCUGCAGGCAGGGCAGGAUGAGACCCAGCGCAAGAUACUCCGGCCAGGGAUGGCAUACCAGGUCUUCCUGGCGGUGGGCGAUCUGCAGGGUGUGGCGAAGACAUUCCAUCAAGAGGCCGCGGACACCGCAUGUCUGGACAUUAGAGGCCUGCUGAGAGCCGUCAACAAAGUCGAGACCAUCAUUGACGGAUGGCGGAGGGAGCAGAAGCGAGAGCAAGUCUUCGGCGAGAGUCCCGUCUUGAAUGUCGACCUCAAUGAGGAGGCAUUGCAAGAGGAUGUUGCAUGA